AUGUCGAACCACUAUGGAAAUGCCGGAACAAUCUAUCCGAACCAAGGAGCGGACUCAAUUCCAAUUGGAAGCGCCGGAUUGAAGCCUGAAAUGGGGCAUGGCGCUCAGCCAAAUGUGCAUAUUGGAGGCAAUGUGGAUCCUCGAAAUCACGCAUACAAUCCAUCCAUCGGAGGCGGAGUAGUUCCAGGAAGUGCUGGAUACAAUCCACUACCAGGUAGCGGACCUCAACCAGAAUAUGGAAAUGCUGGAUACAUUGGAGAUGGUGCUCGACCAGGACAUGGAAUUGGUGGUGGUGCAGCUCCAGGAAGCGGCGGUUUCAUUGGUGAUGGUGCGCAGCCUGGACAUGGAAUUGGUGGUGGUGCAGCACCAGGCAGUGCUGGUUACAUUCCAUACAACAAUAAUCAAGGAAUUGGAAACGGAGCUGGACCUGGCAACGCGGGAUACAAUCCUCAUAUUGGCGGUGGAGCUCAUCCGCGCUCAUUUGGAAUUGGAGGCGGUGCAAAUCCAGGUUUUACGCAACCCGGAUAUAAUGGAAUUGGUGGAGGUGCAUCGCCUGGAAAUGCCGGAUACCACGGAAUUGGUGGUGGUGCCGCUCCCGGCAAUGCUGGAUACAACCCAUCAAUUGGCGGAGGUCCACCACCGCCAGCUGGAUAUGGACAUCACCACAAUAGUCAUGAGAAUGAAUUGAGACGCAAUCUACCUAAUCAGUGUCCACCAAAACCUCCAUGUCAAGCUCCACCUCAACCACUACACCAUCCGGAUUACUAUAAUCAUGUGCCACCAAAACCACAUCAACAACAUCAUCACGGCCAUCAUGUACAUCCCGGGCACCAUUAA